UCCUUCAAUAAAAACGAUACAAUAAGCUGUCAAAACAGCUAUAACAGACCAAAUGACAUAUAAAGUAUAAUAAAAAGUGUUAGAAAAAUUAUCAGUAUUCAUUCCAAAAAAUUAAAUCCACAAAAAUAUAACAAUGCAACGCAACAACGUCAUGUCGCUCGACGCAAUGCAAAAAAUCAUCAAUUCGUUCAGGCAAGUCGAGCGAAAGAUUGACAGACUGCAGGACGACUUUCUUGCCCAGAGUAAAACGUUGAACGAUCUCCGCAUCAUGGUGGGAAACCUCUCAGGCUUCCAGAACAAUGAGGAGGAAGACAUAAGAAACAAAAUCGAAAAACACGACAUGAGUCACGCAUCACUAAAGCGAAAACCUCAAGGUCAUCAUGCCCCUAAAGUCACGAAAGCUAAGAGCUACGAGCCAGUUAUUGCGAAAAGUACUUUCGGCUCGAAACGUCCGCUAAAGAAGAAACCUGAAGGCCUUAAGAAGUCUGGUCGCGGACGGAGCGCGAUAAAGGCUCUUAUUGAUAAGGAAUCCCCGAUACGUGAUAGGGGCUUCACCGCUAAUCUUUCAAAACAUUUUUAAAUGUCCUAAGAUUCAGAUACCUACGAAAAAAAAAACACGUAAAAAUUCGCUUAGCCCUCAUACAAUUUUAAAGCCUGCUAUCGAGUGACAUUUGCUUACUACGUGGAAUAUUGCAGUAAAAAACCCGCAGGCGCCUUGUAUCCACCAGCUAAGGUGUAAAUCCACCAGUUUGUAAUCAGCUGACUUUAUUUUUUGUACUAUUUAAUGCGAAAUAAACUUUUAUCAACAGCAAUAAUAA